CAGGCCAUCUCUGCUCACCACGGUCUCCACCUCGCCUUUCACCUACUCCUAGUACCCUCCACCUCCUCCUCCAUGCUUUCGCUUUCUUGGGCAGUCGAUUUGGUCCAAGCAACCAAGCUCCCGCGACGUCACGAUCUCGCCUCCCUCUUUUUCUUGCUUUGCCUUGCCUGCCUCCCUCUCCUGGCAGAUUUCUCAGCUUCCUCCUGACCUCCCGUGUUUCGCCCAGCCGACAGUCACCUCCUCCGUCUCCGUUCCUUGAGGUUCUUGGGGGCCAAGAAGCGAGGAGGGGAACCAACCAACCAACCUGGGCAGCUCAAUUCGUGGAAUGCUGCUGCGUCGCCUGCCUCCUAGACGAUGACACGUCAGGUGGCAAGUUAUCGUAAGCUGACAUUUGUGACAUGACAACAUCUGCAUCUCUCUUUGGUGAAGACCUGAUUAGAAGUACUAUAUACAUCAACAUUAACGCAUUGUAAUUCACUACGAAAGGAGAGCUGCUUUAACAAUGAGGGCAUGCAAGUUGACUUGUGCAAAUGACACUACAUGGGUAAACUAGCAGUCAGUUAAUCUAUGCUGGUGGCCUGGUGCAAGAGAAAAUGAGCGUGUAUUCAUUGAAAAGUCCAAAGGGUCCAUUGCUUCCUCUGCGAUCAGUUCUUGUCUUCUUAAUUGCAUUAUUUGGAUUCUAUGUCUGCUACUUCUCCUUUAACGAAAUAACUUUAGAAAGUAGAGAAAAUUUGACCAGUAGAGAAGAACGAAUAAGAAAUCUUUGUGGAAGACGUGCAAUUCCAAAUGAGCUAAAGAAAUAUGUCCACUUCCCAAAACCUACAAGUUUCAGCAGGGGGGAGUGCGCGUGUACUCCAGUUCGUUAUUUUGUUAUCAUUUCUAUGCAAAGAUCAGGAAGUGGGUGGUUUGAGACUUUGCUAAAUAGCCACCCCAAUGUCAGUUCAAAUGGCGAAAUUUUCUCGAUAAGAGAGAGAAGAGAAAAUAUCUCAUCUAUUGUUAGGACCCUUGAUAAGCUUUAUAAUCUGGAUUGGUACACCAGUGCAGCAAAAAAUCAAUGCACAGCUGCAUUCGGAUUGAAGUGGAUGCUGAAUCAGGGACUUAUGGACCAUUAUCAUGACAUAGUUAAUUAUUUAAACAAGAAGGGUGUUGCGGUGAUAUUUUUGUUCAGGAGAAAUGCAUUGAGGAGGGUUAUCUCUGUGUUGGCUAACGACUAUGACAGAAAAGCAAAGCAGUUGAAUGGCACCCACAAAGCACAUGUUCACUCAAAGGAGGAGGCUGAGAUACUCGCCAGGUUCAAACCAAAGUUGGACAUGCCAACUCUAAUUCCAAGCAUCAGAGGUGCUGAACAAUCCAUCAGAACUUGCCUGGAUCACUUCAGCAGCACGCGCCACAUGAUCCUUUACUACGAGGAUGUGAUCCGCGAUCAAAAUGCAUUGUCUCGAGUGCAAGAGUUCCUUGGGGUUCCGGUCAUGAGGUUGUUCAGCAGACAUGUGAAGAUCCACACGAGUCCUCUUCCUGACCUUGUUGAUAACUGGGAGGAAGUGAGUGAGAAGCUAAACGGGACAGAGUACGCCCAUUUUAUUGAUGGUGCAGAUUAUGACAAGUGAUUUGUUUGAUUCCAUCUUGAUCCAACAAAUGAUAUUUGUCUUGCACAAAAGAAGUUUUUUUUUUUUGCUCCCAAAAGCAUAGGGAUCUUUGUAGAAAAAAAUACUUCAAAAUUUACAGAAGGGAGGAAAGAAAUGGAGGAAUAUGAGUUUUGAUGCCCCUGUUAGAAAUUGUAUAGAUUCUAUGUUCUGUUUUGGGGGCAAAUUUUCGUUUCCAGGCGAUUCAUCUAUUAUGUACUGAUGACUGAUGAGCAUGAUCAAAAGGUGGCUUACAAUUGAGUUUCA